AUGCCACCAGCACGAAACAAGUUUGCAGUUGGCCAUUUCAUGAGGACAAAAAAGCAACUUAAGAAUUCUUUGGCCGAGGAAAAAGCCAAGCUAUCGCUAGAAAUAAAGAAUAGUCAACAGCAGAUUCACCGACUUAAGAUAAAGGUAGGAUUUUUCACAACAAUAUGAAUAUAGAAUAUUAUGUUACUUGUAAUUCAUCAUCAUUAAUUUUUUUGACAGUCCAUAUUUAGACUACAUGUAUUUCUCUUGCCUAAAAAUAUGUUAUUGCUUUCGGCAUUGUUUUUAAUAGGGCCUAAUAAAAUUAAAAGCUUUCAUUACUUAGGCUAUAGCAGGUCUAUUGGCAGUUACAGCAUCAGCUGCUUACACAAUAAUAUGUGUAUAUUAAUUCAUGCAUUUAAUACAGCCAGAUAUACAAGGCAGCUCUAAUAUUUUAAUUAUAUAAGGGCAAGUGGUCUUUUGAAGUUUUCAGCUUGAAAAUAUAGUAUGAUUUGGUCAAGGCUGUCUUUAUGCGUCAGGCUUGCCCGGUCUUGACAGAUUCUCAAGAUUUCAUAUUGCUCUGACUUUGUCCUGGUUUCGUGUAAAUGGAACUGUUAAUCCAAGCACAGUAUCUAGUUAGCCGAGCUAAAAUGUCCCAUGCAAAAUCACCAGCAUGGCCAUUUAAAGAAGGCUGACUAACAAGCCAACAGAAAUAUUUUUGAAAUAUUUCUGUCUUUUUUAGUGUCCUCGAAAUGAAUAAAAUAGUUUCAAGGCUGUCCUCUGACUGAAUAUUUUUUUUCAUUAAUGCGAUUUUAAUGUGUUGUUUUGUUCUUACAUUAUUUUCAGGCGACCGCAAUUACCGAAACUAAACAAGAUCUACAGUGUAAAGUACCUUCCAAUGCUAACACAAAAUCUAGCACAGCUAAUGGUACGGUGUAUGCUAAACCCUGAUUUUGAUUGAAUAAAACAGUCAUAAUUAUUAUUGAAUACAACUAAUGUUUAAUCUAAUCUUUACGACAGGUAUGCGUACCAGGUCCCCAACCACAUUAGAAAUUGACGAAAUGGCACCUGUAACACUAAAGCGAAGAAGAACUGAAACAUUUGAUAUGGCUUUAAUGGUUCAUGUGGGACAAAAAGCAAUCCAAAACCAGCAUUUGAUGGUUUAUAUGACACAUUGUCAAAAAGGUGCAAAACAAGUGCCUUAG